GGAGGACUCGGGGCAGCAGAAGCCACCGCUGGGAGCGCUGUGAGGAUGUGGGGGCCGAGCACGGUGGUCCGCAGUGGGGGGCUGCUCUGUGGGGCACAACUGGGCUGCAGAGUCCAGGAGGAGGAUGUGGGGCGCAGAGAGUCCUUCAGUGCUGAGUGGUUGGACCUGGAGCUCAGCACCCGGCCUGAGGAGGGGUGGUGCCGGAGGGAGGUGGACCAGCAGCGCCGCGAGUCGCUGGAGCAGCGCGGGGAGACGCGGGUGCUGACACAGCGCUCACCGUGGGGCGUCGUGAGGGUGGGCGUCCUGGGGCAGCCCCUGGCCCAGCAUCUCCUCCCAUACGCCCGCACCCUCCCGCUGCCCCUUUUCGCCCCCUCAGACCUGCGUGGAUCCAAACCGGGGCUCAGACGGACCCUGUCCCGUUCCCUCUCCCACGAAGCCCAAAGGGGUUGAAGGCGGUGGGUGGGGGGCUCGGGGAACGGGAUGAGGUUGGGGGGCGGCGGCAGGAGGGUCCUGAAGCUCGUUGUUCGCCGCAGCCCCCGAAGAUGGAGGAGGAAGGUGGGGGGAUGUGGAGGUGGGCGCCCACCCUGCAGUGGGCAGCAGAGGCCGGUGGGGACGGGGCGCGGAUGGGACGUGGAGCCCCUGGCAGAGAGAAGGGAGCGAGGAUGGGGUGAUCUGAGCCCCCCCCCCGGGGCAGGGGAGGGGAGACACAGCAGCGUUGUGUUGUUUUGUACAGAUGUGAAUUUCUUUGUAUUGCAAUAAAAGGUGCAGCCUGGA